CAUGGACCUAUCACGCAGCCACACAAACACCAAAGGAGGAGGAGAGAGAUUUUGGGAGUCGGAAAUACUUUCACUAUUUCACUAUCACUAUUUUGAGUAUUUGUCAGCUAAAGAUGGGAAUAUCAAGGUUCGUUGUACACUCUGUGCUGGUGGCGACAAAGUGCCAUCAAGCCAGUGUUUCCCCUGCCAUUAUAACAGCGGGGCGCGUGUGCGCAUAUGUCCGUAAAUGCGCUCACGUGUACGUGUUGGCAUCUCCAGUUGUAAUGUUGAUGUUGGGGCGGCGGGUGUUCUCGGCUGCUGCUGAAUGUAACUAAUAAAGUAACUUGCAAUCUCACUUAGUUACUUUUAAAACUAAGUAAUCUGUAAGGUAACUAAGGCACUUUUCAAAGCAGUAACCAGGAGUCAGUAAUCCGAUUACUUUUGCAAAGCAACUGGCAACACUGGCCAAGAGUGAACCAACACGAGUGUCAGUUGUGUUGAAUACUGACAUGUUGAGGCUCUUCCUCAUUUAAAUAAAGUGAGUGUUGCUGUUGGCGGCUGUUUCCUGAAUGUGUCAUGAGCAGUUUCACUUGCAUCAAGUAACAGCCUGUUAACACUGCAGGUCUUAAACUUUUGUGGUUUUUCAACCGUGGACAUCUUUCAACCACUGACAAGAUGGCACUACUAUUUAAAGAUGCCUUUUGGGGAGUGGACUUCAUCAGUAACAUAGGGUACGAGACUAUCAGUCUGAGGCUGAAUGACGGUCGACGGACAUGCAAGGACAUGGAAGAGCUCUUGAAAAUGAGGGCAUCGGCAGAUGAGAAAUAUGGCAAGGAACUCGUUACUAUUGCACGCAAAGCUGGGGGUUUAUAUGAGACCUGCACUAUGAGAACAUCUUUCGAUGAAAUGAAAGCGCAAAUUGAAAACGUAGGAAACUUGCACAUUCAGUUAUCUGCAUCUCUAAAGGAGGAGGCAAAGAGAAUGGAGGAGUUCAGAGAGCGACAAAAAGAACAGAGAAAAAAGUUUGAAGUCAUCAUGGAGAAAGUCCAGAGGACAAAAGUCUCUCUCUUUAAGAAAACAAUAGAUUCUAAAAGAUCUUAUGAGCAGCGUUGCAGAGAAGCAGAUGAGGCAGAGCAAACUGCAGAGAAGAUGGCCAUCGCUCCCACAGGCACUCCCAAACAGAUCGAGAAGAUGAACAACAAAUCUAAACAGUGCAGAGAAACCGCAGUGGAGGCUGAGAAACAACACAGGCUGAACAUCCAACAGCUUGACAAGACUCGUCAAGAGUGGGAAUCGACACACAUCAACACGUGUGAGAUAUUUCAGCAGCAGGAGGAGGACCGCCUCAGCGUAUUAAGGAACGCUUUGUGGGUGCACUGCAACCAUUUAUCAAUGCAGAGUGUUAAGGAUGAUGAGUGUUACGAGGCUGUGAGGAAAAUGCUAGAAAAUUGUGACAUCAUCGCAGACAUUAAUAGCUUUGUGGCGUUGAAAAGCACUGGCUCCACCCCCUCGGCUCCAAUUGAAUACCAACCUUACUAUGAAACAAAUGCUGGUGAUAACAGAAAUGGCAGUAGUGGAUUUGUAGGAGGAGUGAUGAAAAGGUUUUCAAAUCUUCUGCAGUCAAACUCUUCCAGUGGCUCAAAAUACAACAUCAAUGAAGUUCCCCAAUCGACUGCAGAAGGCUCGGAAGGAGUAUAUGCUUCCAUCCCUGGGCACAAUGACGGCUACACGGUCCUGUACGACUAUGCGGCACAGGGGGAGGGGGAGCUCUCCGUGUCCGCCGGUGAUGUUGUGGUCGUCUUAGAGCAAGGCGAGGAUGGCUGGUGGACGGUGAGGACAAACGGCAUAUCUGGAUUGGUCCCAGGCUCUUACCUUGCAAAAGAAUAAGUUACCUCACAACCAUAAGUAGAAC